UAGUCCAGUUUUGAAUUUCAAUCAAUACACCCACAGUCCCAAACCCAUCAAAUCCAAGAUGUUCACCAAGCUGAUCUGCAUCGCCGCCCUGGCCAUCUCGUGUGUUUGUGCCAAGCCCGGACUCGCGGUUGCCCCGGCGGCCUACGGUGCCUACAGUGCCCCGGUUGUGGCCGCGGCUGGUCCCGCCUUCGUGACCGCCCAGAGCUCGCAGGUCGUCGCCCGAAACUACAACGGAAUCGCACCGCUGGCCUACACCGCCGCCCCAGUUGCCGCUCCCCUGGCGUACGCUCCGGCCGUGGCCAAGGUCGCCGCUCCAGUGGCCUAUGCUGCUGGCCCAGCUCCUCUGGCCUACACCGCCCCGAUUGCCCCGGUGGCACGUGCCUUCGCCGCUGCUCCUUAUGCUGCUGCCCCGUUCGGUGUUGCGCCUUAUGCUGCCGCUCCGUUCGCCGCCGCCCCCUAUGUGGCGUCCCCGUACGCGGCCUACCGGUACAACCCGUACCUGCUGUAAGGAGGAGCUGCUGCUGAAGAAGUGACCAACCACCAACCGAGGACUGAAUGCGCGUGUAUAGAUGCAGAUCGUUAUGGCUUGGAUGAACUCGAUCCAGGACUUUUGAUGUUAUUGUUGCGAUAGUGAGAUAAGAACAAAUCAAUAUACAUUAAAAAUUGAA